CACCUGCGUCCCUUUCCGUCUUCUCUUCUCUUCUUCUAUUUCUUUCUUUUCUUUUCUCUCUCUCAAUACAACAAGAACAUCUCCUUCAAUCUCUUCUCCAACCUCCAAAAGACAGACAGACAGACAGACAGACAGACAGACAGACAGACAGACAGACAGACAGACAGACCAGUCAGUCAGUCAGCAAGAAUGUCCUACAACUACCACCACCCACCGAAACGCAUCCACUAUCCCGACGGCACCACCACCUCCAACAACAACAACGACCCAAUGACAGACCAAGUCCUCUCCACAAUCCUAACCUGCCUCACCCCGCCACAACUCCACGACCUGAUCAGAGUCAUCAGCGCCCGUCUGCGCGACCGCAGUAUUCCUGCUUCUGUGGGUGCCCAGGCGGCGAGGCGCAUUAGUGAGGUAAUUCAGAGGAAUCUUCGGGAGUGUGCUUUUGAGGGUGAUGGGGUUGAGGGUCGGGAUGGGGAUGGGGUUGUGGGUGGAGAUGGCGGUCUGGGCAGGGGUGAGGUGGAUGUGGAUGUGGAUGUGGAUAUGGAGGUGGAGCUGAAGUCGGCUGCUGCGCAAGAUGAGAGGAAGAAGACGAAGGCGAUUGAUAUGGGGAAUUUGAUCAGUUUCGAUGAUGUGCGUAUUCAUCCUUCCUUCUCCCUCUCCUUCCCCUUCUCUGCAUGCACAUACACAGCACAUACACACAGCUCACUCAAACAGCUCCCCAAACACAUCCCGAAUGUACCAGUCCGAACCUCUCCUCCUUCCGUCCCUCUGACACCAAAGAAAUCGAACAUCGACCAGCAAACCGUACACCACAGUCCUGAUACCAAUACCAACAAUACCACACACACCACAGAACGCAUGGAUUCCACCCCCGAUACCAUCCCAGCCACUAAUCUAUCCCACAUGCGAAGUUCCGAGGGGAAUAGAUACCAUCGUGCAAAUGGUGCAGGAGUACUCGAUUACGACGACGUGCAGUAUAAUGACAACAACGACAGCACCAACGACCCGAACGACAAGAGAAGCUAUACCCGAUCCCAUCCUGCGAAUCACACCUACAACCCUCGCACCCCUGGCCACAUCGACCACCAAGUCCAUGACAGGAAGCAUGUCGCCGUGCCGUCGUUCACGGCUGAUUUCAUGGCUCAGUUUGCGCGGCUGCAUGAGCAGGAGCAUGAGCAGCAGCAGGAGCAGCUCGAACAACAACAACAACAGCAGAGAACUAGGACGAUUACCGCCCAACUGCCGAAGAACGCGCAUAAGCAUACAGUUUCUCCAUCUGCUGUCUCGCAUCACAACUACAAUCAUGCUGGUGCCGAAGCAGCACACGUCGCGGUACCUAGCUUCAAUAUCGAUCUCAUGGCGCAGUUCAAGGAGCAGCAUGCUGCGGCUGUGCGUGUGGAUGGUGGUAUGGGUGGAGGGCGUGUAGAGGAGCAUGGACAUGUAAAUGGACAUGGACAUGUAAAUGGACAUGGACAUGCAAAUGGACAUGCAAAUGAAAAUGGACACGCAAAUAGACACGCAAACAACACCCCACCCAACCCCCUCCUCUCCCGCUCAUCAGCCAAAACUUCAACCCCAAUCUCAGACAUCAACAUCACAUACCCCUCCCAGCCAGCCCCUCGUACAAAUACACCAAACACCACACCCAACACCACAUACAAGCCCCCCACCACAACUCUCCCCGCCAAACGAGGCGGCAUGAUGACCACGACGACAACGGGCGGAAUGCCGAGUGUGAAGCGUGUUAAGACGGAGGGUGGAGAGCAGGGUGGGAGAUUGGGGGGAGCAGGUGGUGGUAGUAGUGCUGGAGCAGAUGACGACGUGCGCGGUGGGAUCCAAGACUUACAGAUGCACAUGGCGGCCAUGAUGGAGCAGUUGGCGCGGUUGAGUGCGGUGGGGGGUGCGUGAGAUUGUGGUUUGGUGGUGGUGUGUGGGAUGGCUUGGUGGUGGUGCGUGGAUUGGGGAAUCGACGUGGGCUCGUAUGGAU